ACGACCUUCUCGAACCAUACUUUCGACAUCACCAGCCUGGCCCAUCCCAUUACCACUUACCUGAAGCAACCCGUAUUCACAUUCAUCAGAAAGUCGUCAAGAUGGCAUCUCACAACAUUUCCAAAAAGAGAAAGUUCGUAGCGGACGGUGUCUUCGCCGCUGAGCUCGGCGAGUUCUUCACUCGCGAGCUUUCCGAGGAGGGUUACUCUGGCUGCGAAGUCCGCGUCACCCACGCCAGAACCGAGAUCAUCAUUCGCGCCACCCACACUCAAGAGGUUCUUGGAGACAAGGGUCGCCGCAUCCGCGAAUUGACCGCCCUGGUUCAAAAGAGGUUCAAGUUCCCCGAAAACUCCCUCGAGCUCUACGCCGAGAAGGUCCAGAACCGUGGACUGCACGCUGUCGCUCAGUGCGAGAGCUUGCGCUACAAGCUUCUUGGCGGUCUCGCUGUGCGUCGUGCCGCUUACGGUGUCCUUCGAUUCGUCAUGGAGUCCGGCGCAAAGGGUUGCGAGGUCAUUGUGUCUGGAAAGCUCCGCGCUGCUCGUGCCAAGAGCAUGAAGUUCACCGACGGUUUCAUGAUCCACUCUGGUCAGCCCGUACGUGACUUCGUCGACGAGGCCGUUCGCCACGUCUUGAUGAAGCAAGGUGUGCUUGGUAUCAAGGUCAAGAUCAUGCACGGCUGGGACCCCGAAGGAAAGGCCGGAAAGCCGUUCCCUCUGCCCGAUGCAGUCACCAUCCUGGAGCCGAAGGAGGAAGCGCCCAUCACUCAGCCAAUUUCCGAGAGCCGUUUGCCUCAACAGCCCCAACCUGCUGCCGAGCUCGCUCCCGUCGCCGAAGGAUCUGCCCCAGAGGCUCCUGCUCAAGCUGGCGCCUACUAAGCAGCCUCGCUGUUUAGCCGCACCACGAACGAUGUCAAUCUGACCCUUUGAAUCGAUUACAUGGCCUUCGAGCCUCUUCUCCCCUUGGGUCCGUGUCGCCCUCUCGCCUACCCUCACAAAUGAUCCACACAUCCACCUUGCCACUUCGAUCAGCCUAGUCGCGUCGGACGACUUGGCAUGUACUUGUUCACCGCACCACAUUGUGCAAUCUACAGAAAAGCCCAAUGGGCAUCCCACGACUCUUGCC